AUGAUGGUGGAAACCUCAAUGCUAGGGCGGUUCCACCACCAAAGACUCGACUUCAAACGCUGCGUUCCGGCAUUCAUAACCUCACACAAGACCCUCUUCAUGAUUCUAUGGAUCGCCGCGUUUCUUUCGGUUUUCGUGUGGCAGAGAAACACGGUGGUUGGUGGAAUUUUGUUUCUUGGACGAGUUGCGGCGAGGCCGGUUCCGAUUAUGAGACCGGUGGCGUUCAAUUUGACGGAUUUUGGAGGUGUGGGUGAUGGGGUUACUCUCAAUACUGAGGCGUUUGAGAGAGGCGUUUCGGCUAUUUCUAAACUCGGGAAGAAAGGUGGGGGCCAGCUUAAUGUUCCUCCUGGUCGUUGGCUUACUGCACCGUUCAAUCUUACCAGUCAUAUCACUUUGUUUCUAGCUCAAGAUGCUGUUAUUCUUGCCAUUGAUGAUGAGAAGUAUUGGCCACUAAUGCCUCCAUUGCCUUCAUAUGGGUAUGGAAGGGAGCGUCCCGGGCCUCGAUAUGGCAGUUUGAUUCAUGGUCAGAAUCUUAAAGAUGUUGUGAUAACAGGGCACAAUGGCACCAUAAAUGGACAAGGACAAGCAUGGUGGAAAAAGUUUCGCCAAAAGCGUCUCAACUACACAAGGGGACCACUUGUUCAGAUCAUGUGGUCUAGUGACAUUGUAAUCACUAAUAUUACUUUACGCGACUCUCCUUUUUGGACGCUUCAUCCAUAUGACUGCAAAAACAUAACAAUAAAAGGUGUUACAAUUUUGGCUCCUAUAAUUGAUGCUCCAAAUACCGAUGGCAUAGAUCCUGAUUCUUGUGAGGAUAUGUUGAUAGAGGACUGUUACAUAAGUGUGGGAGAUGAUGCAAUUGCAAUAAAAAGUGGUUGGGAUCAGUAUGGAAUUGCUUAUGGAAGACCUUCCAUGAAUAUUAUGAUCCGAAACCUCGUUGUUCGCUCUAUGGUCAGUGCUGGUAUCUCAAUAGGCAGUGAGAUGUCUGGUGGGGUAUCCAACAUCACGGUAGAGAAUCUUCGUGUGUGGGAUUCUAGGCGUGGUGUGAGGAUAAAGACUGCACCUGGGCGAGGUGGAUACGUGCGACAAAUAGCUUAUCGGAAUAUAUCAUUUGAAAACGUCCGUGUUGGAAUUGUGAUGAAGACAGAUUACAACGAACACCCUGAUGAUGGAUAUGACCCUACAGCACUUCCUGAUAUAAGAGACAUAAGCUUCACAAGCAUCUACGGACAUGGAGUUCGUGUGCCGUGUGCAUUUGUACACGGACGCGUAAUAGGGACCAUUUUCCCGUCUCCAUGCGAGAACCUUGAUCGGUACAAUGAGCAAGGACAGCUUGUUAAACAUUCCAUGUCCCAGAAUGUAACAGAUAUAGAUUAUGAUUUUUGA